AUGGUAUCAAUUAGACCAUGUCAAGUAUCGGACUUAAUGUCUAUGCAAAAUGCAAAUCUUACAUGUUUACCAGAAAAUUAUCAAAUGAAAUAUUAUUUAUAUCACUUUUUAACAUGGCCACAAUUAUCAUUUGUAGCCGAAGAUGAUAAAGGAAAUGUUGUUGGUUACGUUUUAUCUAAAAUAGACGAACAAGAUUCAAAGAGAGGUCAUAUUACAUCAUUAGCUGUUUUAAGAUCACACAGAAAAUUAGGUAUUGCCACCAAAUUAAUGACACAAGCAGAAGUUGCAUUAUUAGAAGUUUUUGAUGCUGAUUGCGUAUCACUUCAUGUUAGAAAAAGUAAUAGAGCCGCAUUUUCACUUUAUCAUGAUAUCUUAAAAUUCAAAAUUGACGAAAUUGAAAAACAAUACUAUGGUGAUAAAGAAGAUGCCUAUUCAAUGAUUAAAUUCCUUAAAGAAGAAUCAGAAAAAAAUCACGAAAAAAAUAAACAAAAAAAUAAAGACAAAGAUAAUAAAUCAAACGAAACUGAAAACGAUAAGAAAAAAACAGAAGAAAAACCAUCAACUUCAACUACAACUAAAACUGAACAACCAUCAGCCCCAACCUCUAAACCAGCUGGUGGCAAAAAGAAAGGAAAAAAAUAA